UACGAGGCAGUAAACGAUGGAGGUAGCGGUGUGUUCAUCACACUAGUUGGCUGUUGGAAUUUACGCCUACAGUCGGAAUACUUAAACUUUAGUUUUCUGUAGGCGAGCUUGAAUCCAUGUCGCCUCACAUUCGUGUUUAAAUCUUCGAGAUGGCUUUAACCGGGCCGGUGCUUAUAUAUGUCAUAUAAGUGGGGAGCGGUUAAUUCCGCUUUUCCCAUGUUAUGAUAGCUAGCCCCUUCUAGCUAACGUGCUAACGGUACUGCUCUGCUGCAGAGGAGGCGAUAAUUAGCUAGCAAGCGAGCUAGGGAGGCUUGUCUGCUGGGUUGUUUCCACCACUCUGGUACUUUGUUCCUAUUAACGCGAGCUGAAAAGGUUAGCUGUGGGACAAUGUUUUGGGUACCAAAGUAAUGGAGAUCGGCAUAACGGUGGAUUCUAUGUACAGAGGAUUAACCAUCUCGCCCCGUGGACCUACGGAAGGAUUUUCGCAUUAAAAUGAUGUGUUCAGUUCGUCAAGAACUCCACCAACGCUACAGACUCGGUUGAAACACAUCUGGAAUGUUCAGACUGGUUAAACCAACCCCUGUGCUUGUGUUAGUGUUAUUCAGUGUGCUUAAGGGAAAUGUGUCCAUGAGGAUUUAGAAUGGCACACGUGUAAUAUUAUCAUUAAAGUGAAUUAGUGUAACAAGAAGAACACGCCAGGUCGACAUAGGUAAACAAACGAGGACUUCAAGAAACAUGGCUUCGGUUUGGAAGAGACUGCAGCGUGUGGGGAAGCAUGCGUCCAAAUUCCAGUUCGUGGCAUCGUAUCAGGAGCUCAUGGUGGAAUGUACUAAGAAAUGGCAGCCAGAUAAACUGGUGGUUGUGUGGACACGGCGGAGUCGAAGAAAAUCAUCCAAGUCCCACAGUUGGCAGCCGGGCAUCAAGAACCCCUACAGAGGAGUGGUCGUGUGGCCUGUACCAGAAAACAUUGAAAUCACUGUUACUCUGUUUAAGGACCCACAUGCAGAGGAGUUUGAAGACAAAGAAUGGACUUUUGUCAUAGAAAAUGAGUCUCCCUCAGGGCGCAGGAAGGCCCUGGCCACCAGCAGCAUCAAUAUGAAGCAGUACGCCAGCCCCAUGCCCACGCAGACUGACGUCAAGCUCAAGUUCAAGCCCCUCUCCAAGAAGGUGGUGUCGGCCACGCUGCAGUUCUCCCUCUCCUGCAUCUUCCUGCGCGAGGGCAAAGCCACGGAUGAGGACAUGCAGAGCCUGGCCAGCCUGAUGAGCAUGAAGCAGGCGGACAUCGGCAACCUGGACGACUUUGAGGAAGACAACGAUGAGGAAGAGGAGAACAGGGUGAAUCAGGAGGAGAAGGCUGCCAAGAUCACAGACAUAGUUAACCAGUUGAAUGCCCUCAGCUGCUUACACGGCGAUGAUGAUGAUGAAGGUGUCCGUAAGCAAGCAUGCAGAGCACCAGCUAAGCCUGCUGCUUCAUCCUCUCAAGAACUGAUAAGCAAGCUCAACUUCCUGGAUGACGAGGAUCAUGACACGCCCCCUGGCUCGGGCAGCAAUCCUUUUGAGGAUCCCGAUGACUACCCCCAGGACCCCGGGGACUCCCUGGAGCCCCCCGACCUCAACCCGUUUGGUGAACCGGAGGACGAAGAAGCCCGGGAGCAGGCGCCCGCCGCCGCCCGCCUCCAGCCCGAGGUCCCCUUCUACGACCACGAGGCCCCCAACCCCUUCGACGUCCCGGGGGACACCGAGGAGCCCGACCCGCACGAGACCUCGGGGAACCCCUUCGAUGAGCCGGACCCCCCGGACGAUGACACGGCCCACGCCGACCUAGACCCCCCCAGACCCCGGCAGAGGAAGGGGGUCCGCCCCGUGGACAUGAGCAAGUACCUGUACGCCCACACGGCCCGCAUGGAGGAGGAGGAUCUGGACGAGUCUAACCCAUUCUUCGAGCCAAGGGCCUCCAGCCCGGUGCAACAGUCCUCCUCCGGCUCCGCCUCCCUGGACGUGUACAGCAGCCAGAAGAGACGGGCCCCUCUCCCCCCGGGCCCUGGUGCCGGCCCAGGCCCCAACUCCCUGGAUCUGGGUCCCACUCCCCCUAGGCCCAGUACAGGCCCCUCACGGGAGGGGGCCCAGCCGCCCGGGCUUGUGGCCGUGGCGGCAGGGAGGGAGCUGCCCUCCUCCUCUCCCAAGCCCAGUCCCAUCCCCAGCCCGGUGCUGGGGGGGAAGCCCAACGCCAGCCAGUCGCUGCUGGCCUGGUGCCGCCAGGUGACCAAGAACUACCGCGGCGUCAAGAUCACCAACUUCACCACCUCCUGGAGGAACGGCCUGGCCUUCUGCGCCCUGUUGCACCACUUCAGACCGGACCACAUAGACUACAAGUCACUCAAUCCUCAGGAUAUUAAAGAAAACAAUAAAAAGGCGUACGACGGCUUCGCCAACCUGGGCAUCUCCCGCCUGCUUGAGCCCUCCGACAUGGUGCUGCUGGCCAUCCCCGACAAGCUGACGGUGAUGACCUACCUCUACCAGAUCCGCGCCCACUUCUCUGGCGAGGAGCUCAACGUGGUGCAGAUCGAGGCCAACAGCAGCCGCAGCACCUACAAGGUGGGCGACUUUGAGACGGACACCAACGCCUCCAUCGACCAGGACAAGUUCUACGCCGAGCUCAACGACGUGCCGCACGUCCAGGUAGCCGGCGCGCAGCACGCCGCCGCCGCGAGCAACGCCGGCGACGAGCCUGACGGCGCUCACUCGGCCGUGGCGCCCGAGGAGGCGGGCGUUAGCAAGGACAUGGUGGGAGGGGCUUACUUGCGGCAGGGGGUGUCCGCGCUGUCGCUGCCGCUGCAGGCGACGACGGCACCCGCUGCAGUGUCCAUGCAUCCCGCCCCCGCCCCUCGGAGGUUCCUGGCCGGGGUCCUUGGGUCAGAGGACGGGAAAGUCCUCCCCAAGGCCGGCCCCGUGGACCCGAGGGACGUACCGCCCAAGGUGGAGAGGGAGGCAGAGCGAGCAAGGCCGCACGCAGAGGAGGCGGGUGGAGGAGGAGAGGCAGAGGGGGAAUGUAAAAACUCAGAGUCCUCUGCGAGGAAAGCCACCGCCUCCUCUCCCAGCCAACACAAGCUGGGCUUCUCCUACAACCGGGACGCCGACCUCAUCAAGAAGAAGAGAGCCAGCCUGCGCUCCUCUGAAUCAGAGUCCGCCUCGGACUCAAACACCCCGUCACCAGUCAACUAUACAGACGCGUCCCCUAAGCAGGAGUCUCCCGUCUCUCCUGUAGAAAGUCCGCCAGCGGAGAAGAAGGUGCAGUCCAGGCAGGAGGAGCUAAAGGAGAGGGCCAGGCUGCUCCUGGAACAGGCCCGCAGAGACGCUGCCAUGAAGGCCGGCAACAAGAGCCCCGUCGGCCCCUCCCUGCCCACACCCGCCAGGGCCUUCACUGCUGCUGAGGAGCAGGAUGCCGAGCGGAGGAGACAGCUGAGAGAGAGAGCCAGACAGCUGAUAGCGGAGGCUCGCUCCGGAGUCAAGAUGGCGGACAUGAGUGUGCUGGACGCCUCUUCUGCAGGCAGGAACAACAAGGCUGCUCCUGGUACAGGGAACAGAGGGCAAGUGGACCUGAAGUUGAAGAAGCUGGUGGAGGUCCGACCAGGAGGGACGGCGGCUUCUGCGUCCUCUCCUUCCUCAUCCUCAUCCUCCUCUUCCCCGGUGGCAUCCUCUCCCUCGCCGCUCAUCCCCAGCGAUGGACUUGAGAAGCCCUCGGAGGAGCGUAUGCGGGCGGAGCGGCUGCGCAGGGCGACAGAGCGUCUGCGAUGCCCCGUGGUUUUCAACAAGGACUCGGCCGUCAGGAAGACACAGCUGCAGUCCUUCAGCCAGUAUGUGGACAACAGACCAGAGGUUAAGAGGCAGAAGUCUGUUCCUGAGGACCUAAUGAGUUCUGGAGACGAGCGAGGAAGUCUCUUGUUGGAGUCGGACCUUCUCAGACCCUUUGAGGAAGAGUCGGAGUUCAGAGACACCAGCCAGUAUGUGGUUGGGGAGCUGUCGGCUCUGGAGAGCGAGCAGCGGCAGAUCGACACGCGGGCUGCGCGCGUGGAGAAGAGGCUGCGCUAUCUCAUGGACACAGGAAACAACAAGGAGGAGGAGGAGGCCAUGAUGCAGGAGUGGUUCAUGCUGGUCAACAAGAAGAACGCCCUCAUCAGACGACAGAACCAGCUCUCCCUGCUGGAGAAGGAGCACGAUCUGGAGCGCCGCUUUGAGCUGCUCAACAGAGAGCUGAGGGCCAUGCUGGCCAUCGAAGACUGGCAGAAGACUGAGGCCCAGAAGAGACGCGAGCAGCUGCUACUGGAUGAACUGGUGAUACUGGUGAACAAGCGAGACGCUCUGGUCAGAGACCUGGAUGCACAGGAGAAACAGGCGGAGGACGACGAGCACCUGGAGAGGAUUCUGGAACAGAACAAAGGCAAGAUGACCAAGAAGGAGGAGAAGUGUGUCCUCCAGUGAUCGACAACGGACAAAUGUAGCCCAUAUGAUAAUGUAUUAUUAUUACUAUUAUGAUGAUUGUGGAUGGAGUGGCUCUCCCAGAGGUUUCUACCCUGUUUCUUCAACCCUGACCUGGUUGUUGUUUUUGGUCUCAAGGCCUUUUGCCCGGUUUAUACUGAACAAAACUCUCCUGAUUAUAUACUGCCUUUUUAUUUGAAAGGAACUUAUUAUUCUCUUAACCACAAAAGGUACGUGUGUUACGUAAUUGCACACCAGAGGUAAAGCGUAGCAUGGACGGCUCCAAUGAGACUCGACUGACAAAUAUAUGUUGCAUCUUAUAAUGUUUGAACCCAACGCAGAGCUGUGUCAUGGAAAUGCACAUGUGUUUUGAAUCAUUUUUUAAAUGUGUUACCGUUAAAGAGAUGUGUUAUUUCGAGGUACAACAAACGUUUUUUUCUGACAUCUCAGUUGGGGGAAGUGUUAAAAAAACGAAUGUUAUAACAGUAUCUUUAAUUUACAUUCAUUACUUGACUGUGUAACUUUUAAUUACUUCUAUUCACAAAGUUUUUACUUGUUGUAAAAUGUCUUGAAGGGUAACACGUUAUCCUUCAUAAAUCCCAACUUCCCCUUAUUUACUCAAAAGCGUUUACCAACCAAUUUGGAGCUGGAUCCUGGUGAUAGUGGACGGGAGAGCAAAGUGCUUUUAACCUUGUAUUAUUUUAUCACAGCUUUGGCAAGGAACUUCCAAAAAAAAAAAAAAAAUCUUCUGGAUUCACGCGGCCGAAAGUAGGCUAAAAUAAAAAAUAUUUAUUGCGGUUUUUCGUGAGAGCUGCUUGUAAAGUACCGUUAUAAUCAUGCACACUCAACAUCUUUGUAUUUAUUGUAUAGUGGGGGGAAAACAAUGCUUUCACGUGCGAUAUCUUUUAGUUCCACAUUUGGCUGUCUUCAUUUGUAAACAUGAUCUGUUUAUUUAUUCUGUCAUAACCCAAGUCUUCAAUAAAGAUGCUUUCAUACUCCA